GAGCAUGGUAAAGGAAAGAGAAAACUUUCUCAUGUUGAGGAAGAUGUGGCUCCUUCAGGGGGUUCUCCAUUCAACGACGACAAGACAUCCGACGCCUUACAGCGCGAUAACCUUGACGCCAAAAUCGACGCCGAAAUCGACGCCUUACUAGAUAACGAGAUCGACGACGAUGAAAUCGAAGUCAUCGGUGAUGAUGACAUUAUUGCCAGUCCCGACGACAUCGAUGAAGAUGACCGCACUUCAACUUCUCACUCAGCUUCUAUCCCCAACCAGAAACUCGAUACCACCCUAUCGCUAUGGAUGAUUUACGAGAAGCAUUCAUGA